AUGAGACAAAAGAGGUGCUCAAGCUCUACCCACAGGAAAGGAAGCUUUGAAUCACACGUGUAUCUUGCUUCCGAUGUGCUAGGUGCUAGUCGUGAGGGAAGAACGAAGCCCACUGAACAGAAGAAGGUGGUGACAAGGCCAAGCCUGAGGCUUCAUCUUCUUCUUCCUUGCGCUUGUGUAAGCGGGAUCCAGGUGCGCCACGACCAGGAGAGCGGGUACAUGCACCACAAGUUCGCGAUAGUGGACAGGAGGAUGCUCAUCACAGGCUCCCUCAACUGGACCACCCAAGCUAUCCACAACAACCGGGAGAACUUGCUGGUCGUGGAAGACGCUGAGUAUGUGAAGCCUUUUCUGGAUGAAUUCGAAAAGAUUUGGGAAGAGUACAAUCCCGUCAACUACAGGUUUUUUCCCAAAGACAGUAAAUGAUUGAGCUGCCUCACAGGGCUGGAGGGGCACUUACCAGAUAGCAUUCAUGGCCUUGAUUAUUAUGGCUAGGCAUCGUGUUAGCCAUCCGGGUGUCAUGUAGGUAAGCUCCCUGGAGAAGCAAAGUGCUGCCCCCCACCCUAAAGUGCCACAGGUCCCUUGCUGUGGGGUCAUUCCCGUGCUCGGGGGAACAACGCCAAGUGGUUGGCGCGUUGUUUUGUGAGGAUGGCUGGGCUAGGACUGCAUUCACAGAGCUUAAAACUACAGGCAGGCCUGUUGCUGUGCCCUGGCACAGAUGAGGUGUCUUUGUAUGGUGCUGGGUAGGUGUUUCAAUGGUGAAAUGGGACAUUUUCCAGCUUGGGAUCCUGCAGAAUUGGAAAUUAAUCAGAAUUGUAGCGCAGUGGCUCCUCUACAUCAGUAGCUCUAAAGAGGACUACAGCAAAGCUAGAGUUUGGGUAGGGAGACUAAGCACCUUAGUUACAUUCCUUGUUGGCAUUAAUUGUUGAAAGUUUGUAAAAGGAAAUCUGUGGGAAAUAGGGCAGAAAUUAGAAGUGUGUUUUGGUUGUGUACACGGUUCCUUUGGUUUAAGAGUAGCAGAGUUUCAGCGCAAAAGCGUGAGCACGGACACUAACGACAGCUCGUCUUCCAGCAAGCAAGUGUAGGAAAGUCUGGAAAGAAAUGGGAGAAAGGGUUCUUUGGGAUCAGUCGGUCUUGUCUUGAGAGCAGACACGGCUGGAGCUUGGUCACUGACUUUGGAGCGGUGGACGGAAACCCUUCAAGGUGGGGACACCCUGUCCUGGUCUGGUUUGGUGACUUCGACCGCCUGUGUUGGCAGCAGCAGGGUGGGGGACAGGGAGGGAAUGGCGAGAGGGAGGCAAGGUCUCUCUGUCCCUCCAGUUCAGGGUAGAACAAAGCUGGGCCUAAACUUAGGAAUUUCAAAACUCUAAGUAGCGUCUGUGUAAGAAUUACUUUAUACUCAACAUAAAGUGCCCCAAAAUCUCUCAAAAUGAAGAAAGGCCUUAACCUUUUGUUACCAGUUUUGCUUGACAGAGUAGCGCUGUGACUGGCACUAUUAAAUCAACCAUUUUCACAGAAAAGCUCAACAUCAUCUUUGCUGUUUGCUCUCCAGGUAGCCCUCGUGGGUUGGUUGUUCCAAAAAGAUCCACAUUAGUAAAAAUUCCUGUAGAACCUUAGGUGUUCUUUAGGAUACAUGGAGUAACGUCAACAGAUUGCAGAUUUGCUCUGUCCUGGUUGAGAGUUGGCCUGGGUCUGGGGAAGAAAAAAAAAAAAACCCAACCCUGCAUUUCUGUUCUCUAUGGUGUAGCAACUGUGGGGGCAGCUGAGGAAGUUAAUUAGGUAGCAAAUCCCAUUCAGCAGUGUUAGACUCACACUACUUUAAACAUGUUACUGCUAUUAAAAUGCUACUUGUUUCAUUUUCUUUGUGAAGUGUGACUACAAAAGCAAAUGUCUCGCUGGGUUUCGGGCUCUGGCUUCGGCUCCGUUCUUUCUGUGGUCGUCUCCUCAUUGAAAGAAACACCUCGCUACGCAGCGUGCAAAGGGUGGUGCAAAAAUAGUUUAUUACGAUAUAGUUAAUGUAAAGUUAGGUAAUUAUAUUUACAAAAUAAAAAUGAUCAGCUACAUCCAUGGGA